AUGUCACUACCUACACUCUUCCAUUGUCUCAGCAACCCUGCCAUGAAACUAAUUAGUAAUCAUAAUAUAGUACUUACUUGUUUACCAGCAGAAACAACAGGCAGUGUUUCUGCUACUAUUAUUACUAAAGACAUGAUCCGCAGCUUCCCUGCCGUCAGAUUUAGGCUAAUAAUAGGUAUUAGCAGUAGAGCACUAUAUUAUAAUACACGGGAAAAUAAUAACUCUGCGAGAAUCAAAGACGAGGACGACCCAGAAGAUAUACAAGAUAUACAACUUAAUAAUAUAUUAUUACAAGAAAAAGAAUUUAUCUAUACCGGCAGUAAACUAAACAAACUACCAAAUAUUAUUUUAGAAUAUAAAAUCUCUAAAACAUUCUUAGAUACAAUUUUGAGAUAUCUAACACUAGAUUAUCUUUUCAAGUCUACUAUUAUUUAUGAAGAGAGAAAGAAAUCAUAUCAAGCUUAUUAUAGACUCUUAGACCAGAACCUUAUAAAAAAAAAAGACCAUCCUAACAGCUUACCUCAGUUACACUAUAGGACUAUUAGCUCAGCAGAUCAAGAAGAAAAAAUCAUCUAUUUUAAAAUAGAAGCUGCUAGUCAGUAA